AUGGAUCACAUUCGAUAUAUUAUUGCAACAUUCUUGCAAUCAACACCACAAGGUCGUAUCAAGACAGUACAAAAUCUUAGACUGUGCUUAAACUGCUUACGUACAAGCCAUAGGGCAGCAGAAUGCAAAAGUUCCCGGUGCAACAAGUGCAGCAAGAACCACAAUUCGUUGUUGCACUUAUCAGAGUCUUCCAAGACAACACACAAAUCGAUCAAUGUCAAAUCAGAUUCAUUGGUUGAGAAACCCGGUCAUCAACCUUCUACUGUAAUCACAGCAUUAACACAAAAUAAGGGAUACGUUCUUCUUAGUACAGUUAAUAUGAAAAUAGCUACGUUUGAUGGUGAUUUCAUUGAGUGCAGAGCAAUACUCGAUUCUGGAUCACAAAUAAACUUAAUCACAGAAAAACUGGCAAGAAAAUUAAAAUUGCAGUUACACUCAUCACCGUUAUGGAUAGAAGGAAUUGGUAGAAGCAAAAGGGACACAAAAUACAGUGUGACAACAAAAAUUCAGUCUCGAAUUAAUGAUUUCAAUGUAAAUAUCAACGCAUUCGUGAUGCCUCGAAUUAUCUCAGCCCAACCAACACAGUGUCUGGACACUUCUGGUUGGUCAAUUCCUCAGAAUAUAAAAUUGGCUGAUUCAGACUUCGCGAAUCCAAAUCAAAUUGACUUAUUAAUUGUAGCAGAAUUCUAUCACAGCUUUUUAUCGAUUGGUCAAAUCAAAAUAGGUGAGGGUCUACCUACACUUCAGAACACGGUUUUCGGAUGGAUAUGCAGUGGCAAAGUUAGCAACGGUAAUCAAAAGUUACUUACCUGUGGCAUGUGCAGCGAAGCUGAUGACGAAUCAUUGGAUAAUAUACUUACUAAAUUCUGGCAAUUGGAGGAAAUCAAUCAAACGGAUGACAAAUUCACUGAUGCAGAAAAGAAAUGUGAAGAAUCUUUUGCUCAAAAUACUCACCACAAUCAUGAAGGGCGAUUUGUCUUGAAACUACCAUUUAAGGAGGAUACAACUGUUCUUGGUGAAUCCAUGCAGAUGUCGAUGAAUCGGUUUUUUAGUCUUGAACGUCGGCUGUUGAAGAAUUCUGAAUUAAAGAAGGUGUACGUUGACUUCAUGCGAGAGUACGAACAUCUCGGCCACAUGGAAAAAAUCAAUCAGGAUGAUAUAAUGCAUCCACAUUACAUUUUGCCACACCAUUGUGUAAUCAAGGCAGAUAGUACUACAACAAAGCUUCGAGUGGUGUUUGAUGCAUCUGCAAGAACAUCAACCGGAGUCUCACUCAAUGAUAUCAUGCAUAAUGGUCCAGUCGUGCAGAACGAACUCUCAUCCAUUUUACUGCGUUUCAGGAAACCACGCUUCGUUUUUACAACAGAUAUUGAAAAGAUGUAUCGGCAGAUACUAAUUGAUCCACGAGAUGAAUAUCUUCAAAUCAUUAUCUGGCGAGAGUCACCAGAAGAAAACUUGUGCUAUUACAAAUUAAAAACGGUAACGUAUGGCACAAGAGCAGUGCCGUAUCUGGCAACUAAGUGUCUACAAACCCUGGCUAGAGAGCAUGCCGUUAAAUUUCCGCUUGGUUCCGCUACCCUCAGCAAGGAUUUUUAUGUCGAUGACGGUUUAAGUGGCUCAGACAGUCUCAUGGAGGCAAUUGCAACAAAGGAUCAACUUAUUAAAAUAUUGGCGACAGCUGGUUUCAAACCUCGCAAGUGGUGCGCAAAUAAUUCCUAA